AGACGGGGCGCGCAGCCCGGGGGCAUGACUAGAGGGACGCAGGCGGGGACGCGCAGCGGAGGCCACACCAACCAGACCUUCGUGUUCGACGACGGCGGGUGCGCCUCCAGGCAGCCGGGCGCCGGGGACGGCGUGCUCCUGGACACCGCCGGCCUCAAGAUGAGCGACCUGGACACGGAGGUGCUGCCCUUGCCGCCGCGGUACCGCUUCCGGGACCUGCUGCUGGGCGACCAGGCCUUCGCCAACGAGGACAGGGUCCAGGUGGAGUUCUAUGUCAACGAGAACACGUUCAAGGAGCGACUCAAGCUGUUCUUCAUCAAAAACCAGAGAUCCAGCCUGCGAAUCAGACUGUUCAACUUUUCCUUGAAGCUGCUGACCUGUCUGCUGUACAUUGUCCGAGUCCUGCUGGACGACCCGGCCCUGGGGAUUGGAUGCUGGGGCUGCCCAAAGCAGAAUUUUACCUUCAAUGAGUCCUCCUCCGAGAUCAACUGGGCACCCAUCCUGUGGGUGGAGAGGAAGGUAUCUCUGUGGGCCAUUCAGGUCAUCGUGGCCACAAUAAGCUUCCUGGAGACCAUGCUCCUCAUUUACCUCAGCUACAAGGGCAACAUCUGGGAGCAGAUCUUCCACGUUUCCUUUGUCCUGGAGAUGAUCAACACGCUGCCCUUCAUCAUCACGAUAUUCUGGGCACCGCUGCGGAACCUGUUCAUCCCUGUGUUCCUGAACUGCUGGCUGGCCAAGCACACCCUGGAGAACAUGAUUAACGACUUCCACCGUGCCAUCCUGCGGACGCAGUCGGCCAUGUUCAACCAGGUCCUCAUCCUCUUCUGCACCCUGCUCUGCCUGGUCUUCACGGGGACCUGCGGCAUCCAGCACCUGGAGCGAGCGGGCGAGAACUUGUCCCUCCUGACCUCCUUCUAUUUCUGCAUCGUCACCUUCUCCACCGUGGGGUACGGGGACGUGACACCCAAGAUCUGGCCAUCCCAGCUGCUGGUGGUCGUCAUGAUCUGCGUGGCACUCGUGGUACUCCCACUGCAGUUUGAAGAGCUGGUCUACCUGUGGAUGGAGCGGCAGAAGUCUGGGGGUAACUACAGCCGCCACCGGGCACAGACGGAGAAGCACGUGGUCCUGUGUGUCAGCUCCCUCAAGAUCGACCUGCUCAUGGACUUCCUGAAUGAGUUCUAUGCCCACCCGCGGCUCCAGGACUACUACGUGGUCAUCCUGUGCCCCACGGAGAUGGACAUCCAGGUCCGCAGGGUCCUGCAGAUACCCCUGUGGUCCCAGCGGGUCAUCUACCUCCAGGGCUCUGCGCUGAAGGACCAGGACCUCAUGCGAGCUAAGAUGGACAACGGGGAGGCCUGCUUCAUCCUCAGCAGCCGGAACGAGGUGGAUCGCACGGCCGCAGACCACCAGACCAUCCUGCGCGCCUGGGCUGUCAAGGACUUUGCCCCCAACUGCCCCCUCUACGUCCAGAUCCUCAAGCCCGAGAACAAAUUUCACGUCAAGUUCGCAGACCACGUGGUGUGCGAAGAGGAGUGCAAGUUUGCCAUGCUGGCCCUGAACUGCAUCUGCCCGGCCACGUCCACCCUCGUCACCCUGCUGGUACACACGUCCCGCGGCCAGGAGGGCCAGGAGUCCCCAGAGCAGUGGCAGCGCAUGUAUGGGCGUUGCUCGGGCAACGAGGUGUACCACGUGCGCACCGGUGACAGCAAGUUCUUCCGGGAGUACCAGGGCAAGAGCUUCAGCUUCGCGGCCUUCCACGCACACAAGAAGUACGGCGUGUGCCUCAUCGGGCUGAAGCGGGAGGACGACCGGAACAUCCUGCUGAACCCGGGGCCCCGGCACAUCCUGGCUGCAUCCGACACCUGCUUCUACAUCAACAUCACCAAGGAAGAGAACUCGGCCUUCAUCUUCAGGCAGGAGGAGAAGCACCACAGGAGAAGCCGUGCGGGGCCGGGCCUGAGCGAGGGGCCCUCCCACCUGCCAGUGCACAGCAUCCUCGCCUCCGUGGGAACAGUGGCCAUGGACCUUCAGAACACGGAGUGCCGGCCGGCACCGAGCAGUGGGGACGGCAAGCUGGUGCCACCCACAGAGAACGGCUCAGGCAGCCGGCGGCCCAGCAUCGCACCUGUCCUGGAACUGGCUGACAGCUCAGCCCUGCUGCCCUGUGACCUGCUGAGCGACCCGUCGGAGGACGAGGUGGCUCCGUUGGACGGCGGGGGGCUGUCUGUGGUAGAGUACAUGAAGGGCUACCCCCCCAACUCGCCCUACAUUGGCAGUUCCCCAACGCUGUGCCACCUUCUGCCCGUGAAAGCCCCCUUCUGCUGCCUGCGGCUGGACAAGGGCUGCAAGCACAACAGCUAUGAGGACGCCAAGGCCUACGGCUUCAAGAACAAGCUGAUCAUCGUCUCGGCAGAGACGGCAGGCAACGGGCUGUACAACUUCAUCGUGCCACUGCGGGCCUACUACAGGCCCCGCCGGGAGCUCAACCCCAUCGUGCUGCUGCUGGACAACAAGCCUGACCGCCACUUCCUGGAGGCCAUCUGCUGCUUCCCCAUGGUCUACUACAUGGAGGGUUCCGUGGACAACCUGGACAGCCUGCUGCAGUGUGGUGUCAUUUACGCCGACAACCUGGUGGUGGUGGACAAGGAGAGCACCAUGAGCGCCGAGGAGGACUACAUGGCCGACGCCAAGACCAUCGUCAAUGUGCAGACCAUGUUCCGGCUCUUCCCCAGCCUGAGCAUUACCACGGAGCUCACCCACCCCUCCAACAUGCGGUUCAUGCAGUUCCGAGCCAAGGACAGCUACUCUCUGGCUCUUUCCAAACUGGAGAAGGUGGCACAGCAGGAAGAUCCCAGAGCUGCCGUCCACCCCAGCCAGGCCUGGCCAUCAAACCAGACAGAGGGACAAGUGUGGGGGCUUCAUCUGCCUGAACACCUGGUGGACAACAGCGUGCGUCUGCCCAGCAGCCAACUGGGAGGCCCUUGGGGAGCUGGAGCCCCACGUCUGCAGGUGCAGGCAGUCUCCAGGCCCUCAGAGGAGACUGGGGCUGGCCUUGGCCUUAGCAGCCUGAGACCUCAGUUCAGGGCCUAGGGGGGCAUUGGGGGCUGUCCUUGGCCUGUACCACUCCUGCCCGCUCCCGCUGGGGGUGCCUCUGGCCCAGCGCCAGCUCCUGGAUGCAGCCCACAGGACAGCCUGCUGAUGGCUUCUGCGGCCCCAGCGUGCCGGAUUCUGUGUCCAGAGGAGUCCUGGGCCCUGGAAGUCCGCCUUGAGUGUGCACAGCCUCCGUUUGACGGCCCUGGACCCAGCCUGUCGCAGGCCCCAAGCCUCUGCCCAAACCUGCAUAGGCAAACCCAGAAUCGGCCCCCGCUUCCCCCCUGUGGCAGACCUCUCCUGCUGGUGGCUCCUGGCCCGGGGCAGGCACAGGCGUCCCCGUCCAGGGUGUCUCCCUGACACAGGCCUGGGAGGACUCAGUGAGGCGGCAUGCGGGGCAGCAGCCCUGGCUCCCCCGGCUGAGGUCCCUGUGGGCGGACACCCUGGGCAGCACCAGGGGUGAGCAGGGCCUGGAGGCCGAGGAGAGAGCCACGUCGGGGGAUGAUUGGGGCAGGACUCACCUGCCACUGUGGAUGCCCGGCCUGCAGGAGGCUCCAAAGGCCCUGGCCAGAUGUGGCCAAAGGUCACCGUCAGUGUCUGCCCAGGACAUCUGGCUCCUGAUGCUUAGAUGGGCCAGCAGACGAUGGCAUCUCCUUGCAGAAGCAGCUGGGCAGCUGGAGACAUUUCUUGAAAGAAAUUAAUAAUUUUUAUAGAAGCAUGCAUGUCUUUUAUACACAUGUUCUACUUCAAGGGACACAGAUGUAGAGAAGGGAGAGGGUGGCCUUACCUGGGGAAAAGGCUGGGCUCCACAGCAGCGGAGAGCAGGGCGGGGAACUCCCUGCACAGGUGGCUUGCUGUCAUUAGAUGUGACUGAGGAGGCGAGGUGGCAGGGACGCUGGAGCACCUGUGGCUCCACGAGAGAAGAGCCCUGCCAACAGUGGAGGGAAGGGGGCGCCGGGGGCAGCCUGGUCUCCAUUGUCUCCCCCGAGGGUGUCUCUCCGGAAGAUCUCCAAGAACCGAGGCGAGAUGAGGGGCUGCCCCUGCCCUGUCCCUGCCCCAGGACCCCGGAUCCUUGGUGGUGUCAUUGUUCCAACAUUCUCAUGCAUCUGAAAAGUGCUUCUAGCAGGACCUCUGCCUGUGACCAGCUGCCUGGCCUGUCUGCCUCCAGGUCCCACUCUGUCUGCGAGGCCCCUGUUCCCAGGAAGUGUCCCUGCGUCUCACUCGCCUGUAACCUUGAAGCUCUGGUCAAGCCCUCGGGUCCCUCCAGGGCCGGCUGCAGAAUUUGGGGUCUGCACAGAAUGAAAACAUGGGGCCCUUGUUCCAAAACCACAGCUCUGAGAGGUGCUAGGUGCCCCGCACCCCCACCCAGCAGUGUCCCUCAAGCAGUGUGUGCUUUCUUCCGUCUCAGCAUUCUUCUGAGUAUAAAGGACACUGACGGUUUAACGACUUCGGGCAUCUUCUCAAUCCUGCUUUCAACGUGCUGUGAGUCCCAGCGCAAACCUGGGAGCAUGUCACUUGGGGUCCCUGCAGUCACGCAGUCGCAUCCCAGGCUCAGGCCCAGAGCACUGAAGCAUGGCACGUGAGCAGCCCCGGUGGCAGAGGACCUCAGGUGGAGGAGACAAUGGCCCCAAAGAUGUCCGCAUCCUUAUUGCCAGGCUCCGGGCCAAACAUGGGAUAUGGCCCAAGGGGCUGUGCAGAGGGGAUGAAGCCAAUGACCUGACAGAUGGUGUCCCCGCGGCCAGCCCAGCGCCAUCACCAGGGUCCCAGGAGGGUGGCAGGCAGGUCAGAGUGAGACUGAAAGGUGCCACAUGGCGGGUCACGAGCAUGGAGGAGGGGGCCACUAGCCAGCAGCCGGCCUCUCGAAGCCGGGAACAGCGAAGCAGAGGACCGCCCCUGCUCCCGGUGGUGUGGCCCUGGCGCCCGGGCCCCCGCCGCUGCAGCCCACUCAGACCCCCGACGCCCAGGGCCAAGAGAACAGACUCGUGCUGGGCUGAGCGGCUGAGCCUGUGGGAACGCGUUCCAGCUGCCUCGGUGCCCGUGGAGCACAGGAACGGCGUGAUGAGCAGGAGGCGGACGGCCUCACGGGGUCCUGCCACCUCUGCUGCCCCUGUGGAUUCUCUUACAAACACAAGUCCAAGGAAAAGUC